CUUCAUUCACCAUUUUGCGACUGUAGUGUAGAAUGUCCAGGACAGGAGUUACUGCUCCUUUUAAGUUGCUUUGCCGGACAAAGAUGAGCGGCCGCUGACGGGCAGCGGCGGACCACCGUGCCCUACUUCACCCGGCGGAGGAGCAUCCUGUGAGGGGGGAUUCAGAGGGGCAUCUGUAUUAUCUCCGAGUCCUUGACAAGUGAGGUGAGCAAGUGCCAGGGUCGCACAACCAAAGGCAAGACAGAAUGAGAAAAACAGGCCCCGACAGAGGAGAGAAGUAGACAGAUAAAACGCAAACGGGAACGCCAAGGAGAUACUCUGGGAUAAAUAAAUAAAAAGAUUUGUUUGGAGAAAAGGCCAGCAAGAUAAAAAAAAAAGAUGAAGCCGAUAAAGAAGCAAGGUCGGCGCUCCCCUCAAUCCAAUCGGACCAAAGGCGGGAAGCGCCGCGGAGUCGGGGAGACCUCAGAUGGCGGAGAGAAGAGAGAUUCAGAUGAGAACAGAGAUGAAAGCGGAUCCCCUCAAAACCGAACUCUCUCCUCGUCUUUCUCCUCCAGUUCCCACUCAGACUCCUCUCAGGCCGGCCUAGUGACAACGCGGGACGCUUCGGAUGGGGAGGGAAUGUCCGAGACUUCGGUUUUGAUGGAUUCAGGGAAGCUGCUGACAUCCUCUGAUGAAAGGUCCGGGAGGUCGGCGCUAAGCGGCAGCAGUAGCCACUGUGACAGUGGCGGCAGCAGCUGCAGCAACAGCAGCACGCCGAGUGCCAACAACAGUCCGAAUCCCGCCUCCAGUCGGAAAACCGCCACUUUCAAGGCGCGUGUUCCCAAGAAGAAGUACACUUCUGAGCACUGCUCAACAGCUACUGCCAGCAACCAUAGCGACCGUCCAUCCUCUACACCCCCUCCUCCAAGUGGUGGGGUCCUCAACCGGGGGUCAGCGGGUUCAGGAGUUGAAGUCAAUAUCUCUUAUUCUGACAGCAACAGUCAGAGUGGGAAUCUGCUGGACAACUUUCCCAGUGGAGCAACUGGCAGGGAGAAUUCCCAAGAAUCCCCAGGACCUCCCACACUGUCUCUUGCAAUGGAAAGGCCCGGAAGAAAUGAAGAGCGAGUUUCCCCCAGUCCCCUGCCCAGAUGUUCUUCAACAGACACUGCCAGCGAACACUCUGCUGACCUGGAAGUGGUCGGUGACAUGCCGGCCAUCGCACAUUCUGCGUCUCAUUCUGCGCCUCAUUCUGCGCCCAGCCUAUCCGACACCCUUUCAGACACACUGGCUAAAGGACUGAAAAACCAGCGUGUCCUCGCCCGCCAGCCCUGGAGGCACAAAUCUGAGGAAGUAGAGGGUGAAAUGAGAGACAAAGGGAGGAGUUCAGAAUUUGUGUUCCGGGCUGGGGUGGUGCGUAAGGUCAGCGGCGAAUUCGGUUGUUUGGAGGUGCAACUGAACGGCGAAAAGACGAUGUGCAGUUAUCCUUACCGCCAUGAUAGCCCUCCAGGGGUGGUAGAAAUUAUUUUAGAUGCACCUCCACCUGGUGUCCAUACAAUACCCGUUGGCACCCGUGUCUGUGUACCAUUUGGUGAUGAAGACAGAAAUGAGGGCCAGUUGCAGUGGUACAGAGAAGGCGUGGUGACUGAGGUGGACACACAUCCUGCUGUGGCCAACCGUUACCGUGUCCUAUUAUCUGAGGGAAGGCUUCAUUCUCUGGAUGUAGAAGAUAGCAGAGGUGCUACCCAUGCUGUAUGGGUCUCUCGGCAAACACUCCGUCUUCUGGUGCCACCGUGGGACCUAGAUUUGCCAUCUUGCGGUGGCCACGGAGGAGACGAGGCCAUCAGAGAAAAGGAUAAAAAACAUGAAGAAAGGGAAGAUAUAGAUGUGGAACAGGAGGUGUGUAACCUCAGCCAAGGAAUGAACACUGGCAUGGGUUCGAUGUUUGGGAGGGAAAUAUCGUACCCGGGUAUUAUCACUGUCUCCUCGCCAGUUACUCGAGAAUGGGAAAUUGAGAAAAACCAGGAAAGGGAGAGAGAGCGUUUGAGGAAACAGGAGAGAGACAGAGAAAGGGAGAAUAAUGCAAAGCAGCAACAACACCACCCAUAUAUGCCACUCACCCCUGAAGAAGACAUGGAGGUGUCCCACUUCAACAUGAUCCCACUGGGGGCAAUCAUAUCUGGGACCAAAUCAAGACCAGUUCACCACCAGAUUGUCUCAAAGCCCCCGUCUGGCUACCUCAAUUCCCACCUGCCUGUUGUGCGGGGCAUUGGGAUUCCUUCCACACACCUGGCCCUCAAUCCCCACCCUAAUCCAUCGAAUGUCCUCUUAGGCCUUGACUCAACAAAUGCCGCAGCUGGUGCUGUCAUUACUGCCCGCCAGCUGCCUCCUUUGCCUCCCAUCUCCUCCUCUGCAUCCUCCAGAGCAGAGAAGACUUCUGGAGGAGGAUCAGCCGGUGGCGGAGGAGGACCAGUGUCGGGUUCAAACUCUUCCUCUGCAAACCGUUCCCGCACUCCCCUCACAGCCGCCCAGCAAAAGUACAAGAAGGGAGAUGUGGUGUGCACACCAACGGGCAUCCGGAAGAAGUUCAACGGGAAGCAGUGGAGGAGGUUGUGUUCUCGGGAGGGCUGCUCCAAAGAGUCUCAACGUCGAGGAUACUGUUCCAGACACCUUUCAAUGAGGACCAAGGAGAUGGAGGCCAGCGGAGGCGGCCGGGAGCGCAGUGGAGCCAGCAGCACCGGGACUCUAACGCCGUCCGACCUCCGACUGGGCAGUGGGAGAGCCAGCUCAGAGUUUGACUGGGAUGAGACUUCAAUGGAAAGCAGUGAAGCCAGCAGCCGUGGAGGAGACUCCCGUCCCCGCUUGGUGCUGCCAUCCCUGCUUCCCCAGGACUUGUCUCGUUUUGACUUUGAUGAGUGCGAGGCAGCAACCAUGCUGGUUUCUCUGGGAGGUUCCCGCUCUGUCACGCCUUCAUUCUCUCCCAUUUCCAAUCAGUCUCCAUUCUCACCAACCCCGUCACCCUCCCCGUCGCCUCUCUUCGGCUUCCGCCCUGCCACUUUUAGUCCAAUCACUGCCCCGCCUUCACUUAAUCCACGCCGUCCUCGGCAGCUCAGUGGCACCAAGAUGGGUACACCAGGCUCUGAACGAGAGCGCCACCUGUCAGGAAUUGUACCCUCCAUACAGACCAAUCUCACCUUUACAGUCCCUAUGAGCCCCAGCAAGAGAAGGCCUGAGACCCACCCUCCCCCUCCUCUACAUUUAGUCCAGGACUACCAAAAUAAAUCGGACCAGCAGCAGCUGAUGGGCGCAGGGGGCAGUAUGGCUGGAGACCCAGCUGCUUUCAGAGUCCUCUCCCCCCACAGUCAGCCCACAACACCUUCCUCGCUUUCCUUUUCACGCCCUCGCAGCGCCACCAGCAGGCCAUCAUCCUCCGCUGCCUCUACGCCUCCACCCAUGCUCGUGUCUCCAACGCCUCCUUCCCCAUUACCCCAGGAGCCCUCCCCACGCCGCAUAGUACCCCUUCGCGACUCCCCAGUCAUCGUCCGCAACCCAGACGUGCCCUUGGCGAAGUUCUCAGAUGGUCCAUUAGUAAAAAGAGAAAGAAACCAGAUGAGGGAGAAGAACCAGCCGCAGCACUCCGCUCCCCCAGGCCUGCAGGCCCCGGUCCCCAUCAACGGGGCCACCACCAAUCCGGCGGUCCUCCUGAGGAACCCUGCGUCCACCCUGGUCCUGGUCACCUCCAGUUCUUCGUUGACCCCAGUCACAGGAGGUCACGCCGCGCUGUCCGGAUCCUCCGUUUCCGCCCUGUCGGGCUCCGCUCUGUCCUCGUCCGGUCCUGGCGGCCGGGACCGGAAACCCGAAGGCUACCAGGACUCCUCGGGCGGUCCGCUGCCGCAGCCGGUGGCCUGCCACCCCACGCCGACCGCCCUGCUGCCGCUCAUACUGCCAGCUGAGUCGCCGCACCCGACGCCGCGCAAGCAGAUCAUCAUGGGCCGCCCGGGCACAGUUUGGACCAACGUGGAGCCUCGGUCGGUGCCAGUGUUCCCCUGGCAUUCGCUCGUCCCAUUCCUGGACUCCAGCCAAUCAGGAGCGGCUGGCCAGCGGGCUGAUGGCCACCAGCUUGUUAAUCAGAGCAAAGAGCCUCGCUGUGGUGUGGCCCUGGUGAGCGAAGGGCGGCCGGGCCCCUCGGAGCCGGACAGAGGGUCGCCGUCUCGCCCUCCCCCGACCAAUGACAAUCCCCCAGCAGACCGGGGCGGGGCGGACAGCGAGACAGAGAGCGAUAUCGAUGAUCCGUUUUCCCCCGGAGUGGGGAACGACCCGUCUCCCUCCGCCGGGCCCAUAAAGAGACGCACGCAGUCGCUCAGCGCUCUGCCCAAAGACGGAGACAGGAAGAGGGAGAAGGAUUACAUCCGCCGGCCCAUGAACGCCUUCAUGAUCUUCAGUAAACGCCACCGAGCGCUGGUGCACCAGCGGCACCCCAACCAGGACAACCGGACCGUCAGCAAGAUCCUGGGCGAGUGGUGGUACGCUCUGGGCCCCAACGAGAAGCAACAGUACCACGACCUGGCCUUUCAGGUGAAAGAGGCUCACUUCAAGGCCCACCCCGACUGGAAGUGGUGCAACAAAGACCGCAGGAAGUCUCUGUCCGAGGGCCGGGGGACGCCGAAGGAGCUGCGAGAGAGGAGCAUGUCGGAGAGCAUGGAUGCGCUCUCGGAGUCCCAGGUGCUGGAGGGAAAAGGCGGAGGUCCGGGCUGGCCGGGGGCAUCGGAGCGUCGAGGGGGGGGUUCGGGGGGCCAACAGCCCCGUCCCCGAGCCUUUUCCCAAAGUGCCGUUCACACCCUGGAGCAGAGGGAGAGGCAACGGGAGCUGGAGAAGAAGGAGGACGAAACCGGCUUGUUUCGAAGCCGACCGCCGCCUCAGUCUUUGUACCACAGUGGUGCCAACGAGGAUGUGACCAGCGAUGAGGAGCGCAUGGUCAUCUGCGAGGAGGAAGGAGACGACGACGUGAUGGAGGAUUCGUGCCCUGAAGGCUCCAUUGACCUCAAGUGCAAGGAGAGAGUGACAGACAGCGACGAGGACGAACCGGACGGACAGCAGGACGUCCACCCGGACAAUCGCUCCUCCUCUGUGUCCAACUCCUCUGCGAAGGACGAGGCCGGAGGCCCUGGCGACGGCGAGGACAGGAACAGGAAGUGGGGUGCGGAGGAGGAAGAGGGCGGUACCAGGAAGAAGGAAGUGUCUGGAGGCGGGUUGGGCGUCUCCGCCAGUCCGCAUCAGCAGGGCCAGGUUCUGGGCGGGGUCCGGGCGGCCCCCCCGCCGGUUCGACAGACCGCCAGCGUGCCCAUCGCUCCCAUUGCUCCCAUCGCUCCCAUCGCUAUCGCCAGCAAACCGGUGGACGGCGGCGCCGCCCUCAGCUCACUCCCACAGGAGAAGAAGACCAACGUUCUGAUUGGCGGAGCCGGCACUCAGCUCGCUGCUGUCCAAACUCAGGCAUCGGUUUUGCCAAGCAAUGUGUUGGUUCCCACGCCUCCUCUGCCCUCCAUCUCCCUGGUGGCUCCGCCUCUUCCUGUGCAGAACGGCCCCGCGACAGGAAACAAGAUCAUCCAGCUCACCUCCAUGCCCGUGGUGCAGACCAACGUCCAUCCCAGCCCUGGCAGCCCCUUCCCCGUAUCAAUGGCAGCGGUGAUGGCUCCCGGAGCCGCCCCGCCUCAGCCCGUUCUCCUGACCUCCCCGCCCACCAGAAUCACCUAUGUCCAGUCCAGCCCAGGCGUUGCCACCGUGACGCCCCAGCAGGGCGCCCAGCCUCCCGGUCCGGCCUAUCUCUCGUCACACCUGGCCACUCUGGGGUUCACCGCCAUCGCCCCGCCCGGACAGACCCUGGUCCAGCCUCUGCUGGCUCAGGCUCCGCCCCUCGGCGCUCAGUCGCAGACCCCUCCGGGCCAGACCGCCGUGGGCCGUCAGGUACUAACUGCCAUCUACCCUGCACAAACCGUUGCUCUGGCGACCGGUGUGGUCCCGUUGGCCGCUGCCGUGCCGCCUGCCAUGGCGUCUCCAGCCCAGGACGCCAUUAACCCGGCUUCGGCGGUGGCGACCUUUCAGCCGGGAACCGGAACGAAGGUGGAGGUGAAACAGGAGAGCCAGCUGGACUCAGAGACCGAAGGGUCGUCGGGCUGCAACCCAAGCUGCUCGAUGGGCAGCUGUGAAAACGGAGGCGCAGCAGUGAAAAAAGAAGAAGACAUCAGCCUGAGCAUCAAGGAAGAAAAUAUGUGUGAUGAAACUGAGAGGGAGCGACACAGUGAGGCAGACGAAGGGCGAGGCGGAGUGAAGAAGGAAGCCAAAGAAAUGGACAGAGACGACCGCAACGCGACGACGAAUAACAGCAAAGAGACUGGACCUCGUUCUCCUCCGCCACCUCCUCCGCCCCCGUCCUCGGGUCUGGACCCGCCUCCACCGCCACCAGCAGAAAAAGAAACCCCUUCCUCCUCUUCCUCCUCCUCCUCAUCCUCCUCUUCCUCUUCAUGCUCUUCCUCUUCCUCCUCUUCCUCCUCCUUCUCCUCCAAGAGAACCAAGUUUCGCCCCCCUCCACUCAAAAAGACCCCCGACUCUCAUGACAAGGUUUUGUCGGAGACGUCGUUCGAGGAGCGCUUUGCUGAGCUGCCAGAGUUUAACCCAGAGGAGGUUCUUCCGUCGCCCACGCUGCAGAGCCUGGCCACCUCUCCCAGAGCCAUCCUGGGAAGCUACCGCAAGAAGAGACGCAACUCCACCGAUCUUGACGGGGCAGCAGAGGACCCCAGCUCCCCCAGAAGGAAGACCCGCCGUCUCUCCAGCUGCAGCUCGGAGCCCAGCACCCCAAAAAGCGCUGCCAAGUGCGAGGGAGACAUCUUUACGUUCGACAGACCAGCAGGUCCGGAAGGCGACGUCCCCCCGGGAGACCCGGACAGGGUCCCGUACUCGUCUCUGCGGAGGACACUGGACCAACGUCGCGCGCUGGUCAUGCAGCUUUUUCAGGAACACGGCUUCUUUCCUUCAGCUCAGGCCACGGCUUCUUUCCAGGCGCGCUACCCGGACACAUUCCCCACCAAGUUGUGUCUGCAGUUGAAGAUCCGCGAGGUUCGUCAGAAGAUCAUGCAGACAGCGACGCCGGGGACGCUCGAGUCGUCCGAAGCUGGGCCCGCCCCGUCCCACGGCCAAUCAGCGCGGGACGAUGGCGGGGCGGAGCAUCAGGGAGACAAAGGCCAAAACUUGGAGGAACCGAAAAACGAAGGAUCGUAAAAAAACAAACAAACAACAAAACAGAGGAGAUCGGGAAUCAGGAAAAUAAUUUCACUGAAAGAUGAAGAGAGAAGGGUUUGUGGCACUGAUUUCCACUAGACCUGGGCAAAAAUAAGACUCCUCAAGACUAGCUUUGAUUGUCUAAUCUUAAUGUGUUGGAACCACAGCAAGUGCUUCUUGAAUUUCCUUUUGUCCUGAAUGUUGCCCAGGUCUGCGCUCAGCACAUUGCAGCAGUUUGGAGCAAACUCUGCGGUACACACUCUCUGUCUCUCUGGUACACACACACACACACACACACACACAAACCAAAUCAGACUGUUACACUUGGUUGUUGCCACAACCAAGGACACGACACACAAAGGCACUAUGUCACUUACCUUACCGUGCAGAUGCAGUUUGCUGUUGCCAGCCAGCCAGCCACCCCUCAGAUGCCAUCGACCUGACCUCUGACCUCCUCAGCACCGUGGUCGGGCUGCAAACACAACCCCAACGACCUCCACUGAUAACUCACAGCCCCUCGAUGCUGCAGGACAGACAGCGCGCACACACACGUAGAUAAUCAACCCGGGUCGGAGAAAGCCAUCGGCCUGCACCGUUUCACGUGAUUGUAGAGAGUCGGAGACGCAGAAUCGGGAUGUAGUGACCAACCUUUGCACCUUCAGUUGUUGCCAUUACGACGGACGGAGCCGGAUAUCUGAGUCUGUAUGAGAUUAUGUAAAGAUUUGGAGGCAUAAACUCCAGAAAAGCAAGAUCUUAACCAAACUUCUCAGAAAUGACGCUUUUCUUCUCGUUAUCGUUGCCGUGGAAAUAACCAGUUUUACCGUGGCCUGUUUUUUCUCUCUGUCUCUCUCGUGGCUCUUAUUGUGUUUCUUCUCCAGCAUAAAAACUUUUAAAAAAAAGAAGAAGAGAAAGAAAGAAAGCAGGAAACUGGACGAAGAAGGGGAUAAAUCCGUCUGCCCCCUCCCUCCCCCACCCGGACUCAGAAACAGGGCGGGGCGGGGUUUGGUUUGUGGUUUUGUAAAGAAAAACAAAAAAAUCGUUGAAAUCAGGUGUUUGCACAAUUUGUGUGGCCUCUUGUUGUCGACGGGGGUCGCCACAAGUUCAAUCAGGAAAGUAUUGUUUCUAAGAGAUUGUUUUGGUAAAAAUAACCUCGUUCCGUAUGUUUUCCCAACCCGUCUUUCCCUCCCCAUUCAAAGAUUUGUUAGAAAGUGCCCUUAAGCACUGGUCCCGGGUCAAGCGUUAUGUAGCUCAGGAUGGUUCUGGUUUGGGUUCAGUUCAGGGAAAGCAGAUCCUAGACCAGCCCUGGAGGGCAAAACCUGGAGCCCUCCCACCCUUUCUCCCUUUCCCUCUCUUCCUCUCGUCUCGACACUUUAUCCUUUCCCAUCAAAUGGUGCAAUAGGACAUUUAUUUUUUUUGGAAAUAGGUCUUUAUUUUGGGCGGGGAGGGGCAAGGCUUUGUGCCAUAGAUAUUAAAUUAAGAGCAGCACUGCAAAAACACAAAAUCUUACCAAGUAUUUUUGGUCUGGCGUAUGCGUGGGCAACCCUGGUGCUGGAGGGCCGGUGUCCUGCAACGUCUCCCUGGUCCAACACACUUGAAUCCUAUAACUGAAUCACCUCCCAAGUGCAGUCAGGUUCUCCAGAGUCCUGCUAAUGACCUCAUCAUUUGACUCAGAUGUGUUGAAGUAGAGACACCUGAAAGUUGCAGGAGGCCCUUAAGGCCUGGAGUUGCCCACCUCUGCAGCGUCUCGUGCAAAUAUCUUAGUACACUUCGAAUAAAACAAAUGACUUUUUAGCAAGAUGCAGUAGCUUGUUUUAACUGCAAAAACACAAAAUAUGACAGUAUUUUCAUUCUAGAUUCUAGUACAAGUAUCUUUAGUAUGAAUUAUUUUGUUCUAUUCUUCCUGUUAAAUGACAGUUUAUUUGUAAACCAUAUUUCAGAAAUAAGGCAGUGCUCCAUAAAAACUUAACACAGCAAACAAUUAUGAAACAAUCAUCAUGGAAUAUAGAUGACAAAAGACUGACUUUGUAACUGUCUUUCUGUGUCUCUGAAGGUUCCACUGAAAAAACACAAAAUCCUAAAAAUUAUUGUCUAGGUUUUAUUGCAAAUAUCUUAGUGCACUGAAAUUAAGACAAAAAUAACUUAGAAGUAACUUUUCAACAAGUUAUAGAAGCUUGUUUUAUGUCAUUAAUUUCUCAACAUUGAUGAAAACAUCGUUGCUAUAUUAUGUUAAAAUGUCUUGUAAGGGAGCUUGUACUUUUUCAUCAAUAUUAAGAAAUUUCUCACUUAACACAAGCUAAUGUAUCCUGUUGAAAAGUUACAUAUAAGUUAGCUUUAACUUAUUUCAAUUGGACUAGAAACUACACUUACUACUCUAAACUGACAGUUACAAAGUCAGUCUUUUGUCAUGUAUGUUCCAUGAUCAUUUUUGGUGUUUUUACAGGGAAUCAAUAAUUAUUUAAUAUUGAUUUUAAAAGGUAGUAAACAUUUUAACUCAUAAUAUGGGAAAAACAUUUUGUUCCACUUUUCAAUCCAAAUUCAAAAAUAUUUUAUUGAUUCCAAAGGAAAAUUAAAUAUUAAAUUAUAAUUCUUCAGAGUUAUUGUAGAUGGUGAUGGCUGUGGGCAGGAAGGAUCUCCUGUAGCAGUCUGUGUUGCAGCCUCUGACUGAAGCCUUUUUCCUGGGUUGAGUUAUUGAUAAUUUUCUUGAUUUUACUUAAAAUCCUUGUCCAAACGUUCAUCAAUAUCAAUAAAUUAUUGACAUAAAACAACUUCUAAAUCUUGUGAAAACGUUACUUAUGUUAAUUUUCUCUUAUUCCAAGCGUAUUCAAGAUAUUUGCACUGGAAACUAGACCACAAAUACAUUGUAAGAUUUUGUGUUUUUGCAGUACAGUCUGAGGAAUGAGCUGUUGUGAUGAACUAUGGUUUAAAAAAAAAAACAGCAAAAAAACAAAAAAGAAUCACAAAUAUUGUCAUUGUUGAAGAGAUAGAGAGCAUAACUUACUAAAAGUCAACGACAAUUAUUUGAAUAGCACUUUUUUGGCUCUUUGCUUCUUUGGUGAAGAGUGGAGCGGGGGUAGUUCUUAUUAUGGGUAUCUCUUUUAUUUCUCUGUAUACAUAUGGAUGUGUGACAAAAUAUAUAUAAAUAUAUUACAGGUAUUUCCAUAUUUGUGCAUCUAUGUCUGUGUUUUGGGGGAUGUGUAUGUUUUUGCACAUGCAGGCAGGUCUCCUUUCACCUCUCAGCAACGUCAUCGUCAGCAUAUUUUUCUGUAUUCCUACUCAAGAGACGGUAUUUUUAUAGUCACCGUGACUAUUUUCUCAGCCAUCUAGACUGUUAAUAAACUCAGCUGAUUCAGGAGACAUAUAUAAAUAUAUAUAUAUAUAUAUCACGUAUGCAGGAGACUCGUUUUAGUACAUAUAUGAAUAAACAUACACAGGUUAAUAGUAGACUACCAGAUCACGUCACUAUGGGGGUUCUUUAGGGCUGUUGAGUGUCGAUCUGUGUGCAUGUGCGAUCACAUGCGCUCUUGCACACACCCGCACAGACAUGCAUGCACUCAUACACAUGUAUGCGUGUACACUGUAUGAUUGUGCUUCUAAAAUAAACCUAUCCUUACUUUGGAGAAGGAAUUUGUAGGAUGAGCAAUGUGAGUGUUAUCUCAUAAGCAGGCAUGUUGACCAUGUGCAAUAUUUCUAAAUGACAACAAAAAGAAACUAAAUAUUAAAGAUCUAACACAAUG